UUUCCAAAUAAUCAGGCACUGUUAUCAAUUAUGGCAGUUUUACCAGUAUCAGCGUCAACAGUUGAAAGAAGUUUUUCAACACAAAAAAGAAUUAAAAAUUAUUUGAGAAAUAGCUCUAAUGAGGAGCGACUCACUUCAUUGGCACUACUAUCUAUUCAUCGGGAUAUAUCUAUCCAGGUGGACAACGACAUGAUUUUGGACCAUUUAAACCAAAAAGCACGU